AUGUCAGGCAAUGCAACGACGCCGACGCCUACCAUUCCGGGCCUACCCCCGGCCAUCGCGAGCCUGCUACCGCCCGGCACGCAGCUUCCUCCAGGCGUCACGUUCUCGCCAGAUGAGCCGCUCGCAUAUAUCUUGACAUUGCUCCAGAUCUUGCAACAUGCGCAAGACUAUUUGGACGUGGUGAAGCUCGAGCAUGUCCUCGCUGGCAUCUACAUAUGGGAGUACUUCACGACGCUCGACAUCGAAUGGAGAUGCUAUGCUGGCCCUAAGAAAUCUCCAGCUACGGCAUGGAUCUACUCUCUGUGCAAGCUGAGUGCACUGGCGUACACGAUCACCAAUCUUGUCGGCUACAACGUCACCGAAUCCAUCAACUGUGAUGCCUGGUUGACUUCCCGAUACGUUUUCGCCACGCUUUCCAUCAUGUGUGCCAGUACGAUUGUGGUUUUGCGCAUAGCGACUCUUUGGGACCGAAACGUAUUCAUCAUGUUGGCUGCGUCCGCGAUCGCUUUGGUCUCGUCGGCAUUCUGGUUGCUCUUGACCGUCCAGACACGGAAUCAAGGAAUCUACGUUCCGACGCUGGGCUGUCAAUACCUUGCAUCGGAACAUGAGUUCUCCCUGUCAAUCGUGAUCAUCGCUACCAGCUUCGCCUUCCUCGUCCUUUUGACCAGUGGCGUCGCUCAUCGCGGAAUGUUCUCCCGGCCAAACUGGUGGCGUAAGCUUUACACCGAGGGCAUUCUCUGGUUGGUGUUAGCGACCCUCUUUGGCAUCCCAGACGCUGUUCUGAUCAAGGCGAACCGCAAUCCCGCAUGGAACCAGAUGCUUCGCGGUCCAGAAUACUUCAUUCUCAUCAUCGGCGCCAUCCGUCUGUACUCUUCAUUGAGUAGGACCGGUUCUUUCACCACCUUCCGUGACACCGUCUCCGGCUCUAGCAGCGGCAAGCCGGCCGUCAGUCACGAUGGUAUCAACAUUCGUCCCGGAGCUAUCAACAGCAACUCGGUCUUCGCUGUGGCACCGCUUGGUAGCCAAGGUUCACGCACGACGACGACGGAGGAUAAAGAUACCACGGGCCCUAUGCACGGUGUCUCCAAGAUCUCUACCUUCAACGACGACGUACUGGAUCUCGAAGCGCAGCGAACCACCCAUGAACCUGAUGAUGUCCUGUUCAUCAGAGGAGAAAAGGCGGAGAACGAACGCGAAGGCUCUGAGUAUGGCGCUGCAGACCCGCGUCCGUACUGA